AUGGGCUUCUUCUCCCGCAGCAAGAAACCCAAGUCGGGCUCGAACUCGACCUCGAACUCGUCGUCGCCCUCGCCAGCAACAGCAUCGACAGGUGGGAAUCAUGCUUCGACCUCAGCCACGACCAAGCUCCAGUCAUCUACGAACCCCAAAGUAGCGGGUCCACGCUACACCUCGUCCGAUGAGGAACGGUCGAGCUCCGAUUCGAGAGCGGGAGCUGUGCAUCGCCGAGACUCGGCUGCCCUGUCCACUGCUCUGCCGAGCUCGGACACGAUCACCGAACCGCGAAGCAAGAACUCCGCUUCCAACUUUUCUCUGGAAGCAGCUGCUGCGUCGAGGUUCAACCCGUUCAAGAAUCGUUCUAAUGCAGCUUCAACUUUGAAAGGUCCGAGCUCAACCUCUCUGAACACUUCGACUUCGUCUGCGAAUCUUGCGCGUGAUCGAUACGCCGAGCAGCGCGGGUGCGACCUGCCUUUGACGGAGAGCCCAGGUGUUACCACCAGUCAGAGCACCGAUUAUCUCUCAUCGUUGGGUCAUUCUUCGUCUCGACCACCGUCGAUCAAGAGCAGUAGAUCGAAACGAGCGUCGAUUGGGACCGGCCUCGAUCGGUGGAGGCUGUUCAGUCGGAGUACGAACGCACUGAACGACAUGAACAAUCCCGAGGAUGACAAUCGACCGUUGGGCACUCUAUUUGCCGAUGAGAAUACCGGAUCCGACUCUAUCGACAAAAAGGACUCGUCCCCACCGAAUACCACCACCAGCCUGACCAGUCGAUGGAAGCUACCAAUUCGACGGACUUCGAGUUCCGCAGGCGCAGGCGCCGAAGGAGGCUUUGUUGUUCAAUCCAUCAGGAAUGUAUCGAGGGUCCAGGAUACCGAUUACGAGAAUCGCCCUCCUCUCGACCAUCAUCGAUCCUCGUCUACUUCGUCGGUUACACUUCAUCGGUCGACGAGGAGUAUCACGGCGAUGUCGCCAUUACCCGCCCCGGUCCCGGAUCGACAAGGGAGCAAUGGCUACGGCGACGUGGGCAUGGGACCGAGGCCGAACCUGAACAUCAGAACCAAUUCGGUCCCGGGAGCCUCGGCUUGGCGAGACAACACCGUCGAGAAGGCUCCUUCGCCGACGAUGAUCAGCGUUGAAGCUUUCCGCAAUGCGACACGGCCGAGUUCGCGAACGGGACAUCGCAACGCUUCGGCCAUCUCGAUCUCGUCGUUCGAGGAGAUCAACUCCCCGAGCGAGCGGCCGAGGUUCGAGCCCACCAGGAGCAGAAGAGGCUCGUACCAGUCCUUGUCGUCGCCCAACCUCGACUUGGGUUCGGCGUUCGGUGGAUUUCCUCGACCCGCGUUCGCUACCAGUGGGUCCGCGAGUCACUCGAGGACUUCAACGUCGAGUUCGAUGGACCCACUUCCCUUGGCUGUGAGCUCAAAUCGCCCGGCAUCGAUGGUUCUCCAGCCAUUUGGUCCAGAUGCGACGACGAGUUCGAGUGCACUCAGGUCCGGCUCGACGAGUCGCUUGUCGAUCAGUUCCUUCACGACGGCCAAUGAAGGAGGAUCUCUCGAAAGGCGCCUAUCGUCGAACGAGGAUCACGUCUCCGCCGAGCAUCACGCUCGACCUGCCUCCCGACCUAUUUCCCGCCCCGCCUCUCGCCCUUCCUCGCCGACGGUGUUCUCGAUCCCCCAGUCGUCAUCAACGGCGUCCGAUGCCGAGCUGAGGUUGAUCGCCAUGUAUGGCGCGCCAAGUCCGACGACGACCGAGUUCCCCUCGAUCUCUCUCCCAGACAAAGCUUCGAGGACUCCGUUCUUCCUUGGCGAUGGCCCGACGAGUGGGGAGGAAGACGCUGGGGUGCACAGCGGUGGGCCUGUGCACGCGUUUUUGACGGCUGGAGCUCAUUCACCACAGACGCCUCUGCAGAACGAUGGCGUGCGUCGUUUUGAUGAAGAAGGCGCGGCUCCAACCGUCGCUGUCCAACCUCCUACGCCACAAGUACCCGUACGAAGGGGCCAAUACCAGACGAGGCUCGCCUCGUCUUCAAGCGCAGUCGAGACUCGAUCGCCAUCGCGGCUCGGUGCAAGUUCGGCUCGAGGUCGUGCUGCGUGGGGUAUGGCAAGCGAGAAGAGUGACAGCGAGGACGAAGGGGAUACCAGUGACAAUAAUGGCAUUCGGCCCGAGAUGUCGAAAAGCAAAGCCGCUCCCGUAUCAAAAAUCCUCACUAGUAAAUCGGCGCCAACUCCGGUUCUACAAAGGCAAGAAGUGGACGAGGACGACGAAGAAGAUGACAACGUCCCUUUGGCACAUAUCAGGAGUCGAUCGUCGACGGACCUUACACACUUUUACUCGAGUAAUCCGGACAGCCAUUCGUCGGGCUUGCAUAUGAAUCGAGGACCGGUUUUGGCGGAUGUAGAAGUCCUGGCUGAGCUUGACGACAUGCCUUCGGAGACGUUGCGCAGGAGUCCAGCUUCGUUUGCGAUGCGAGGUCAUAGUCGCACCUUCUCGGCGGGAGCGACGACGACAUUGGCAUCCAGUGCUGCGAUCCCUGCGCCAACGAUUGCACGGGAGCGAACGAGUCUGGGUCAGGGUCAGCGGUCCAUCUCGGAUUUGUCCUUGUCGAUGCUUCGACCUUCCCCGGGAAGCCACACCUACUCGUCACCUGCCUCGCCCGUCCCCUCCAAGGCCAGCGUCCCAGACAUGAACUCGAUGCGGGCGUCACCACCCCUUCCAAAGACGCCUAUUCCGAGGUCAUUUCACGGUUCCGCUCCUUGGGACUCCCCGUCGAGUAGGUCGUUCUCGUCGAAUACUGCCGGAAUUUCUUCAGCAUCGUCACUUGCUCCCGCUCCGUGUUCCAGUUGGUUCCCACCGACGACGACUUCGGCGAUGACCAGCGACACGAGCCCGGCGAUCAGCGAUCCGGGCACGUCCCAAUCCCAGGACACGCUUGUCAAUUCCAUUUCAUCGGACCAAGAUCGGAGCCGGCUGACCUCAAGGGAGCGCUCACCUAUCAUCGUCAAGUUCAAGGAUCUUCCUGUCCUCGAUGGUGAACGUGACAUCUUGCUUGCGCCGCCUCCCAUCAAGGGCUACAGGAAGGCCAGUGGAGGAAGACAGGUUAACCACACACUGGCUCCGAGGUUCGUUCCGAAACCGCUACCUCGCUCCAGCUCGUCUCUGGGCUUUUUCCACGAAACGCCGGCUGGAAGUGGACGGGGUCUCGAGGCUGCAGGAGCGACCCGAACUGCUUCAAGAAGCUCGAUGAUCGCGCCUCCUUCCGAGAGCGAGGUGCUCGCGGGACAGACCGUCUUUGAUCGAAUGAAGCAGCGCCAUCGAGUGGAAGCGACCAAGGCGAUCCAGUUGGGCAAGGACCUCAACGGUGCUGUGGUUCAAGAUGAAGAGGAUGACGACGACGAGGAUGACGAGGCGCCGCUGUCGACUUUGCCUUCGAGAGGUCCUUCGGGGUUGAAUUCACGUGCGUUUGAAAUCGGGGGCCCGACGAUGUUCGCACCGCAGAGCUCGUACGGAGGGUUCUCACCUUUGACGAAUGCUCCGCCGGGCGUCGAUCAGUCUCUUUGUGAGUUUGGAAUAUGGAAGGUUCUCCAAUGCUUUGCGGAGGCUCGAGCGCUGAUUAUCUUUCUCUGCCAUCUAUGAAGACGCAUCUCUUCCGAACGAUCAAAAGAUGCAGCUUCAUCAACGGUCCCAGCAAAUGAUGCAAAUGUGAAUUUCUUACCGGGGAUUUCGUCCUUGUGGACACUUGCUAACGUUCGCCUUGCUUGAAAUGUGCAGGAUGGCGCAUGCCGCUCUCCAAGCUCGAGCUGAAUCGGUCAUGAACGGCGCCUACAGCGACUCCAAGUCUGCGGUCGGAGGAGUUCGAUCGACGGCUGUAACUGAAAAGAGCAAAUCUUCCAAAAACCCCGGAUCACCCUCUCCUCAAAUUCAAGCUUAUGCCGCACUCCCUCCUCAAUCCCCGUACGGCUAUAUGACGCACAGCCAGUCCCUGACGAAUCUACAAUCCUACCCCUCGUCGCCGAUGUUCUCGGCUCCUGAAUCGCCAGCUUCACCCUAUCUGUAUGCCAACUCGCUGUACCCAUCUUCGCCCAACCUAACGCAUGCGGGGUACAUGCCACACCAUCCCCUCCUUCCACCGAGCCCGCAGUUCUGGGGCGGCCAACCUAUUAGCCCAUACGUGCCGCAGCACCCAACGCCGCAACAGCCGAUGUACGCCGGGUCAAUGAUGGACUAUUCUUCGUACGCAUCGAGCGCGGCUGCUUCUCCGCGAGGACAAGCGGGGAGGACCUCGUCAUCUUCCAUGAUAGGAGUACCUUCAUCGACGACGCAGCCACGAGGGGUGUCGGCAGGGAUGAAAGGGGUCCGGGGAAAUAGUGCCUCCGUAAUUGGUGGGGCGGGGCAACGAUAA